UGUGAUUGGUCACAGCGGUCACAUGGUACAAGGCUAUUCACAACAGCCUUGUACCAUGUGACAAGCUGUGACCAAUCACAGCUCACACAGUAUUUCUCAAUGGCUGCAAGAAUGCAGUCAGAGAGAAGGAGAAAUGAUUGCUUUUACAGCCUUUAUGGGUGCAAAAGCAAUCAGUGUACAAAAAAAAAAAUCUUCACAAUAUUCACAACAGCCUUGUACCAUGUGACGAGCUGUGACCAAUCACAGCUCACACAGUAUUUCUCAAUGGCUGCA